AUGUUCCUCAAGUCGCUGCUUCUUCUCUCCACUAUCGGUAAGUAGAACAGCAAGUCAAAUGAAAAUAAUCGGGUAAAAAAUAUAGGAUAUAGCUUUUGGGUAAGAAGCUCAAAACAAGUCAACGAAAUUAGAUCACGAUAAGUUGUUGGAGGGCUUCUCGCUAACUACUUUAUGGUUUGGAGUCAGCUUUGAUUUCUCCUUCGCAGCAUUGCGGCUCAGAAAGUCUGAUCAGACUGAACAGUGAUGCAAUGUUUUGUCCUAAGGAUAGAUUCAUCUGAUCUUUCUAGCGUUAAUCUGUUGACUGUUGUUUUGUUGUCUUCAUCAGCAUCAUUUCAGGCACUUAGCUAAGAAAACAUGAUAAACCCGGAAACCAGAGAUCAAUGUAGACUUUAUGCUACUCCCUCAUUUUCAGCAUGUUUGUUUGUUUGCCCUAAACAUCUUGAAAGUGCGGUAACGUGACUAGCUCACACCUGUUGUUUAGAUGGAUGAAAUGGUGUCAUUAGGAACAACUAAGAAAAUAACAAAAGUUCAAAAUCAACAAAAAUAACGGGAAGUACGGUUUUCAGCUUUUGCGUACGUCUCCGCCGAUUGCCUUCACUGCAUCUGCAUGAGAGAGUCCGGAUGCAAGGCGAUCGGAUGUCACAUGGAUGUGGGAUCCCUCUCCUGCGGAUACUACCAGGUAAAGAUUGAGGAUGGCCAAAACUGAGAAAGAGUGGUCACUUUUCAAGCAGGAGAACCAUAUCACAUGUUCGGUUCCUUGUUGAUCAUCUUUCCCCAUUGAGAAAAAACUCGUGUCAAUGUAGCGUAAAAAUGUAACUAGAAUGCAACUUGAUUACGUAGAAGGCUCAACUAAUUAGAGUUAGAAUCAACCUAUAAACGGUCCGAAUUCCAAAUUCCAAUUUCUACCGUAUCACUUGCAAAAUUGAGUACUUACUCUUAUCAAGGAAGAGCACAUGGUUGCUGCGUCUAGAAGUUGACCGUUUGGUCUCUGCUAAAUGUAGCGUGGUCGACUAGGACGAUAAGAAGUGUGCAUCAAUGGGAAAAGGAAAUACAUACAUAUUGAGAAAACUAAUGUUAAAACCGGCUUUGCCAAAGUAAACCCGAAGACAUCCAUGGAUCUUCAGAAUAGUGGCGUUGAACGAAUUGUUCAAUGGUAUCGGUUCUCAGACAGAACUUGUCAGAACUUGUCAGAAGUGGUAGAAAUAAAAUAGGAAAUUGAACUCAUUUGCAGAAAAAGUUGAUCUAAGAGUCUAUAGUGCAAGAGAUCAGCAUCAUAAAAAUAAAUUUGAGUAUUUCAGAUCAAGAUUGGAUACUACGAGGAUUGCGGACAGCCAGGAAAGCAAUCGGGAGAAUCUACAGAGGAUGCCUGGAAGAGAUGCGCCGAUGACCUCAGUUGCUCGACCACUUGCGUUGAGGUAAGUGAGAGAAUGUUUGAGAUUAGAAGUAGACAUGCUCGGAAUAGAGUGUGGGUACAUUUUCGAGAUGGUGUACUGCGCUCAUCCUUCGGGAAUCUCGUCAUGCGGUAGAUCACUUUUCCAAAUUGUGAAAAGUCACCAUGAGCGCUCAAUUUAGCGCACACAUUACGUGGACCGCGCGCCCACCGGGGACCUGAAGCAACCAGUUCACGCGUGGUCAAUGCCCACCCAACCCAAGUCGACCUAAUUGUCCUACUACGCCACCCGUCGGCACGAAUCGCGUCAUAGAGUUAAUAAGAUAAUGAGAAGAUGACGGUUUCGGCGGAACUAACUUGAAAUACUAGAGACAAUGUCAAAAAUCACAAAAAAAUAACCUAUUUGAACGUAAACAAAGUCGUAAAAGUCAAAAAAAGAAACGUCAUCGUGGCACGUGGCAAUUAGGUUAUUGAAAUCACCAUACGCACUCGGGUCUUCUGUUAUUUACACCUAGGCAGCUUAUGACGGAGUAGGGCUAUUACAAGAAGCAGUCUGUACUAUUUCCAGUCCAAUCUCAGCUUUCUUCUUAAUCAAAUUUCUACAUUAGCCGGCGAUAUGACUAUAAAAAACCAUACAUAACAUUUCUUACAGAACUACUACAACCGCUACAAGAGCCAGUGCAACGGACUCGGACAAGGAGCCUGCGAGGUAAAAAGGGCGGACUUUGCUUACUUCCUCGCCUACGCACUUAUUUUAGUUCCGCCAGAGACACUUACGGCUACAAUUUGAAGUUUUAGAGGGUGUGUGUCUGGUUCUGCUGGGGUUGCCCUCGUAUUCUUCUGAUUUACGUGUUAAUCAUCAUCAGGAACAACAGACAGAGGGCCACAAAAUGAUGGGGGAGGGGCUUGAACGAUAAGCGGCUAAACAAGCCGGAUCACUUUUCCAACUACAUUCUAUGGGAUUUCGGAGUGGUCGGUAGCUAAAAUGAACCACAAAGCAACAUUCGAACACGGACAUUUCCGAAGACUGGAGAAAAUUCUAAGAAAAGUAAAACGAGGCGUUAAAGGUCAAAUCUUUUGUGUUGUAGCGUGUUGCAAUUUUUAAAGUGGUCGGCACGAAUCAAAAUAAGACAGAGAUAGUGAACAAUAUGUAAAAAGUUAGGCUUCUAAUUUUUUGGCUAUUCUGUUCUGACGAAAGAAAUACUACAAAAUGAUUGCUCUUUUUGUCUCUGCGUUUUCUUUAUCUUUUUGUAUGCAAGUGUGGAUUUUGAAAAUGACCGAAAACCAAAAGGCAUAACUACAUAACUGUCAAAGAUUGUUUUUUGUUCAAAGAUUUUGCUACAACUAGUGUCCUUAACUUUUGAGACAAUGUCUGGCCGAAAAGAACGUGCAUAUUUGUAGGUUAUGUCCCGCAACCACAACGGAGGACCACGCGGAUGCCACAACGCCAACACGCUCGCCUACUGGAACGGAGUCAAGAGCUGCUGUGGAUGUUCUUAA